AUGGAAGAUUCUAAUGGGUUAAAUCUAGCGAUUUUUUCUUCUGAUGAAGAAGACAUUGUUGAAAUGAAUAAGAAGACCAAGUUAUCCAUUGAACAACUGACUAUAAGUAUGACACCAUUAUCACCUAAUCGUAAAGUACCAAGGAUUCUGCUGAAGAUACUGCCAUUGAAAUUUCAACAAGAGAUGGAGUCAGAUACAUUAACCAAGUCUCCCAAAAGAUUUACUAGAAUUGUUGAAAAUAUGAAGGAAAUUCCUCGAUCUAGAUCAAGUAGUCCUACCCCGAGAAAGAAUGAAAAAGGAAGAGCAAGGAAAAGAAUAAUAUCUAACGACGAUUCACUGGUAAUAACCAUUCAAAAAUCCAUAGAUCAAACUUUUUCUCCAUCAAACAAUAAAUCAACUAAUAAGGUAUCACCUCAUAAAACAACCCCUAGAGAAAAGGAUGCAUGGAAAGAUUUAUUUACAAGUUUAGGAGAAGGAACUUUACCAACAAAGAAAUUGGAUCUAAUAUCUAAAUUGAAUCAUGAUUUAGAAGAAAUUAUAGAUACAGAAACAAAGGAUUCAGAUGAAAAGUUGUAUGAUACACCAUUGGCAGUAUCAAUUGAUUUCUCUCAUUUAUAUCUGCCAGAAAUGGCCAGUAGAGAAACCCUGGUUGAUACUCUAAACACAGAGAUAUCCAAUGAAUUAUCACCAACUAAACGUAAACGACCAAAUAAAUUUAAAACUUAUGGCGAUCAAAGAAGUUAUCUAGAAGAUAGAGAUGAUGACAAUCGAUUGAUAUAUGAGGAAACUUUUGUUGAAUCAAAUACAAAAGAUGUACAUGAUUUGAAAGCAUUAGGGAAAUUAAAUCGAAUUAAUGAUGAUUUAGAAUAUUUUCUUGAAGGGUUAAAAAUUUUAAAGGUUACUCCAAUUGAGAAAAACCAAUCAUUGAUCAAUUGUCUUGUAGAUCUAGCCAUUGAUGUGAUUCAAGGAUCAAAGGAACUUAUAUGGAGAUUUGAACUGAAGAAUGUUGAAAUAGUUUUAGAUCGAGUUUGUAAAAUAUGGACAAGAUUGGAAAGGUUAAAAUCUGACGAUGGUAAUGGGAAAAAUUUAAUUGAAUCACUUAUAAUUGUUGUUGCACAUUCUUUACAGACUGCGGAGCAACACGAGAUACCCUCACAAUUGAUUUCCAAAAUUAGCAAUCGAAUAGAUCAACCUUUGUUUUUGAAUUAUCAAAAUGUUUCUUUACUGGAUAUAUCGAAACAAAAUCUCAAACGGUUAAAAGAAAUGUUGAAAGGUGAAUUAAUUGAGAAGAACAAGAUGGGGUUAGAUUUGGUUUGUAGUAGAGAUAAGACCAAUGAAGAUAUCUAUAUGAUUUCUAAACAAAUUGUUCUUACAAGCAUUUGUAAGUAUGUGACGAAAUUUGAAAAUAAUAUUGAUGGAAUUGAACAAUUAUCAAAGUUAUUGAGUGGUUCGUCCAUGGAGAGAAUAAUUGAGAACUUGAUUGAGAACAAUGAUGUUAAUAAUGAGGAAGAAGAAGAAGAAAUGGUGAAAGAUAUAUUAGUACGAAUCUGUCAACCAACCAAAGGAGUCAAUUACUUGAAUAUCUUACAAUAUCUAGUUAUAAUAUCGACUUUGAUAGGUAGAAUUGAAGCAGAUAUGGAUGAGGAAUUUAUCAACAAAAUAAUGAAUCAGCCAGUAUUAUCUAACGUCUUAGAGUUAAAUAUGGAUAACUGUACAGAUUCAUGGAAAAAUCUUAUAUUAUUGGGUCUUGGUUAUGAAUUAAAUGUGGUGGAAUUUAAUCAUAAAUUUAUAGAUAUUGGAAGUUUUGAAGCUCUUUAUUCACAACUACCAAUAUCUACACAGGAUAUAGAUAUCCAUUUAAAGGGAUACUAUGCAUUAAUAGUGGCAAUAAUGUUAGAGAAGGGAUUAAAGAUUAAUUUAGAGAAGAGUAGACUAAAAGAAAUGUUGGAGAUGUUCCUGAAUAAAGCAAAUGAAAUUGGUACCAAUGAAAUUCAAUCAAAAAUCAUCAAGGUAAAACCUCAUCUAGAAGAGAAGAUAUAG